UAAGUACUUUAAAUUAUUUCAAUUUAAACAAAUCCAAAUUUUUUUUUUCAAAAAUAUUUAUAACAUCAUUAAAAAUAUUUUUAUUGGCUUCAAAUAUGUUCAAUAAUAAAUUUGUUCUAUUACUCUUUGUUGUUUAUAUAUCAAAUGAAUUUACAGGAGUUUUGAGUGAUAUCGGUAGACAAUCUUUAUUUGGAAAAAGUAUAAUGAAAAGAUUAAAAAGUUUGUUACCCAAUAAUAAAGUUUAUGAUAAUCAAUGGUGUCCACCGGGCAAGGAAAAAAUAAGUGAUAGACAUGAUGAAUUAGGCUGUCGACCAGACGAACAAAUAAUAACUGACUCCCCAGAAGAAUUUGAAAAAGUAUUAAUGGAAGAAGCCAAAAAACUCGGAAAUUGUGAAGAUUGCGGCAAACCUUUAAUACAGAGUAUUAAAAAUAUUACUAAAGAAUAUUUUAAAAAUGGUUACAUAGACAGCCAUGAAUUAUUUAGAUUUUUUAAAACUGAAUUACCCAUAACUACUAGUUGGUAUACUGUUGAAACAUGUGAUUGGUAUAUCGAAAAAUAUGCAAAAGAAAACCCAGAAAAAGGCCUAAAUGAUUCUGAAUUCUUUUUCGUUACAAUUGUAGCCAAUUUACCAUAUGAUGAUUAAUAAUGUGAAGAUUAUCAAGUUAAAAAUAAUUAAACUUGUGAAAAAUUUGUUGUCAUUAAUUAUUGCUUCAAUUUAAAUUUAAAUGUGUUAAUUAAAAUAUCAAUUUUUUGUU